AUGUUGAGAGUGGAGGGAGGCUAUGCUUUUGGAGUGCCACCACUCAUCUCCCAUGUGUACCACUUGCUGUGCCAUGGCUUGCCACGCAUGCAGUCCUUCUACCAAGCUGAGAGCCAGGUGACGCUUCCUGCGGGGAGCCAAGUGGAGCUUUCUGAUGUGGUGAGCGUCACCCCGAGGGCUGCGCCGCACGCACCCAGGGAAGCCAGCAGCUGGUAUGGAAGCUUUGGCGCCCGCGCGCCACGCGCGCCGCCGAUCUUCACCUCCACGGGUAGGAAUGGUGAGGCUGUGGCAGCAGAUCGGAGGAUCCGGGACGUGCAGUCGUUCAAGGAGCUGCUGAGAGUCAUCCAGGAAGGCUUGGCCAAGUUCGAUGAAGGGACCCUGGUUAUCGCCUUGUGCACUGGAGCCAAACUGGUGGAUGAAAGGUCCCUCUCCAGCAUCUCUUCGCAUGCUGCCUGGGUGACGCUCGUGGAGCGCGUGCAUGGCGCCAUCCCAUGUUUGGAGCCACGUGGCUUGUCUAUGGCGGCCUACGCCUGUGCAAAGUUGGCCUUGAACAAGGAUGCCUUGCUCUCGGAACUGGCCGACUGCUCGGUGCGGAAGGCGGCAGACUUUAGCUCGACUGAUGUGGCGAAGAUCUGCUGGGCCUUUGCAAAGCUGGACUUUGUUCAAGAAGCCUUGGCCUUCUGGAAAGAGAUGGCGCAGGUGGUACUGCACAAGGUGGGCACUGCACGCCAUGUGGAGCUUUCUAUGAUCGCCUGGGCCUUUGGCACGGCGCAGCAGGGCACCUCGGCCAUGUAUGCAGAGCUGGGUGCCUGCACCUUGCGGAUGCUACAGGACUUGACGCCCCAGUGCUUGGCCAACAUCGCAGUAGCCUUUGCACGGCAGAAUCUUCCUGACCGGGAGCUCUUCGAAGCAAUCUCCAGGCGUUCCAGAAGUUUGGUUGCGGAGUUUGCUGACUUUGACGUCACAAACCUUUGCUGGGCGCAAGCGCGAGCCAACCAGGUGGACCCGGACCUGUUCGAGCAGUUAGCGACACAUACCGUCUGCUCUCGCUUCGUGAAGCGCUACAGCGCGGAGAUGGUUGCACAGAUGUGCUGGGCCUUCGCUGUGGCCAAGGUGCAACAUUCGCCGCUCUUCUGCGAGCUCUCAGAUUUCAUUGCCAAGCAUGCCAGCGUGUUUGAGGUGCAGUACGUGGCGAACUGCGCAUGGGCCUAUGCCACGCUGGGUGUGCCGGAGGCCUCAGCCUGGCAGGCGCUGGCGCGGGAAUGCAAAGGUGGCCGUUUGUGGCGCUACACCCAAGAUCAGCUGAGCGCUGUUUGUUGGGCCUUCACACGAAUCCGCUGGCAGGAUGCCGAGCUCUUUCAGGAUAUGCUUCAAGUAGCGUCCCAGAGACUGGCAGAGUUUGACACACAGAGCCUCCUCAACUUCCUCUCUGCCGUGGUGGUUUUGCGGGAAGAAGACUGGUUCAGUGUCGGAGAGGACGAGCUGAGAGAGGAUCCGAAGGAGAUCUUGGACAGCCUGCUCGACAGCGUGAUGCUUCAGCUACAAGAAAAUCAGAUGCAGCCAGAGGAG